GUGACAUUAGAGCUCUUAAGCAAAAUAAUAUGAGCAUUCAAGAAUUUUAUUCGACUAUGACAAAUUUGUGGGACCAAUUGGCUCUCAUGGAACCCGCUGAAUUAAAAGGUGUCAAAGCAUACCUUGACCAUAGAGAAGAGCAACGAUUAGUUCAAUUUUUGAUGGCUCUUCGUGACGAAUUUGAGGCCUUGCGUGGGAGUAUUCUACAUCGUACUCCUCUUCCUAAUGUUGACUCGGUUGUUAAUGAACUGUUGGCGGAAGAAAUUAGACUCAAGUCUCACUCUCUUUCGCAUUUGGAUAAAGAAACUCAUACAUCUCCUCCAUCCGUUUUUGCUGCUCCUUUUAACAAAGGAAAACCUCAAGGGAGGGUUGGUGUUGGUAUUGAUGAAUGUGCUUUUUGCAAGCAAAAAGGGCAUUGGAAAUCAAAUUGUCCGCAAUUGAUGAAAGCAGGAAGAAAAAAUUUUAAGCCUCCCUCAUCUAAUGUUGCUGCUGCUACUUCUUCUAUUGUUGCUCCUCCGUCCGUUGGUUCUGGUAUUGGUUCUGCAUACCCAUCUGAGACUAAUUCACAUGUAUUUGAUCUUGCUGAGCAGUUUCAAAAGUUUCUCGCAACUCAGCCACAUGCUAUGUCUGCCUCCUCUAUCAAAGGUUUGAAUCCCUCUAGCUUGUCAGGAUCAACAAUCCGGGAGGAAGAUUGGGACAGGCCGUAGACAGGGGGGACUUUAUAUUUUGGAUGAGUUGAGAGUUCCAGAUACUGCAGCCUCA